AUGUUUAAUGAAAUUCUCACCAGAAUACUGACCAAGUAUAUAAACAAGUAUGUGUACGAGCUGAACUCCGCCAGCAUGCGCAGCAGCCUUCUUCGCGGGAUUGUUGAGCUGAGCAAUCUCUUCAUCAGACCAGAGGCACUGGAUAUGCUUCAAGGAGUUCGAUUGGCGUUCGGAUACGUUGAACAUAUGUCCUUGCGGAUCCCGUGGCAAAGCUUCUGGAAGGAGAAUAUUUCCAUAAAGGUAUCAACAGUUUAUGUGGUGGUUUACGGCUGCAGCCCUGACCUGACAGAGGAUGCUAUCAGGCAACAAGUACUCAGCAACUUCAAGAACAAGUUGAAAUCGUUGAUUCGAAUGGAACAGCGUAUUCUAGAACAGAACAAAGAGCAAAUCAUGCUGGAGGUAGGUACUACGGCUAAGACAGGGUCGCAGAAAACAGGAAAAAUGAAACGGUGGAUACUGUGGCUGCAAAACCUUGCCAUAAACAACAUCUCUCUAGCUAUUAACAAUGUAGCCAUCUUGUGGUCGGCCCCUGAGUUAGGGGGAGUGUCUGGAGCGCUGUGUCUUCAGAGUAUGCUCAUAGCCACUGCAGAUAAUUCUGUUAUAGACAAGUCAGGGUUGAAAGAAAAGGAUUGUAUUCUUAAAGAUCUGGCUUUUCGCUAUUAUCUCGUCAGUGCGGAUGAGCACCCUGAUCACAACUAUAACAGUCUCGCUGAAUGUGAAAGGGGGCUCUCAUUUUGGCGUCCUCUAUUCGAAGGCCCAGCCUAUAUAACAGUGGUUGAUCCUCUUCAGGUUACCACUAGAAUACAGCUGUGCCGUAACUUUGCUCAUGAAAACAAACCAUUUGUCACCAUCCAGUUGCAGAUUCCUAACCUCUGCGGCUGCACAGAUCUACAGACCAUAUUAUCACUUAUAGAAUCUUUGAACAAGAGCAUGGCCGCUGGCGAGUUUGCGUUUGCGCUAACAAGUAAUGAGAUAACGCAUCUAGGUAAGAAUAGUUCGCCAGAUGAUGCAAUAAGAUGCCUGGGAAAAGUGUUAAUUCGUAGCCAAGCCAUAAGCAAGAUAGAGGCAUUGGUGUCAACUGAAAGUGGGGGACGAUUGUCCUCAUUGAAAGACCAACUGCAUAGAACCUUUAAAAAGCACUAUCUUUCGCAUCUACGAUGCAAGUACAUCAUGCCGCUAUUGCCCAAGUAUGGUGAUGCACCUGCCGUAAGUACAUUCAAUGACGAGUAUCUAAACGCAGUGCAGGACGUUAUCGGUUAUGCAGGUCACUCCGCUCAAACGCUUGCCGAGCUCACGGCAUCUAUCCCUACGCCUGUCAUAGCUAAACUGCAACAAGAGUGUUUCUCAGCAUUUCUUCACAAUUUGCCAGAGAACAUAGAGCAGUCGAAACGUGAAGCUUUGACAAAGGAAUCGGAAACCAAUGAAGACAGUACACCAACAAGGCUGAGCAAGAAAGAUUUAGCUGAACUUCAGAAAUUGGCAGGUGUGCCAUCUAAAUUAGACAUUAGUGACAUGGGGAACAGCUCAGAUUCCGGAGAAGAAAGAUUGGAACUCGUUAAAAUUGUUGCAUACCUAAAGGGAGUAGACAUCAGUGUUUGCGAAAAGAUUGCUGACUGCUCCAUUGGUUCCACAUCUGCCAAACUAUUAAGGUUAUCUCUACAGACAAUCAGUUGUGCGUUUAGUCUUUUUAAGUCGACAGACUUUACAUUCUUAUGCGAGCUGAGCCGCAUUCGAGGAGAAUGCGCAGCAGUAAAAGAACCGGUGUUAACUACACUCAGCGAGUCUUCUGCCUUUUCUAUAGAAAUCUGCAGCCCUGGUCGCUUAGGAGGAUCCAUGUGCAUUAAGAGUCUACUUGUGCCUAUUCAGGUGAUGUGCGUUCCCAGCCUGCUACCAUUUGUAGUCAACUUGAUGACCGUGUUACAAAACACGUUCUCUAAUAAUGUCAAAGUGCCUAUACAAAAGGCUUCGUCACUGGAUCUAGUUACGCUUUAUAAUGAGAUUGACAAGGGCAUCACCACUUUUCUUCAAGAACGUGCCGCUACCCUUGAGCUAGACCUUGAGCUGGGCGCCCCAGUGGUCACAAUCUCCGCUCCAACAAUAACUUCGCUUAGCUGCUCACUCGGUCAAGUGUCCAUUAAAUCCUUGCAUUUUCUGUCAGAGAUAGACCAUCCCAAACUGACACCCAAACCCCAAACACUGGUACUAUUUGUGAAGCUAAGUGAUACAGCCAUCAGCAUGAAGAGUAAUACCAAAGAUGGCUCAAUUGAUGGGGGGACUAUAGAGACACAUGUGGAGGAAGAGACUAUUGUAAGGCCGUGCUCAGUAAGCAUCUACUUACAGAUUCCCUUGGUAACUGGUCCAAUGAUCGCUGAUGUAUCUCAAAGUCUAUUCGAUAUUGUGCUCACAACAGCCAGUAUCCAAUCGCUGAUGCUCUUAUGCAGUAGAUAUGCUUAUGAGUUGCUUCACAUACCGAUCCACAGACAAAACGCAAUGAACGCAGUAGCGCCGUCAUUGCACCAAGAUCACCAAGGUACCUCAGUACAACAAAAACCUGAUACGGAAGAUAGACUAGAGCAAACGAUGCUGCUACUGCGAAAGAACACAGCCACAGUUAUUAUUACUGUAACUUUAGAAGGGGCAAAGCUGGCCAUAGGAGACGCAAAAGAAGUUGAGGCUUAUGUCGGACAAGGAUAUCUUGAAGUGUAUGUUAUGACAGCGCAGAAUAAAACCAGUUAUGCCAAGUUCAAAAUGAGCAUGCUCGACUUCUUUGUUUGCGGUACUCCGGUAGCCUAUCUAACAAGCGAAACAGAGGACUACGAGGACGACAAAAUAGCCUCGGGAUCAUGGUCAAUAGAUAAAGGAAUCACCCUAAAGCUCGCGAUUGGCAUGUUGCACAUUAUUGCAGAUGUAAUACUCUUCAUCAGACUAACUUCUGUGUUAGAGAAACUCUUGCAGUCUUACACUGAUGCAGGACUAGCCUUGCUAUGGAGCCAGAUAUCUCAUAAGUUUUCUUCUUCGCAAGCCCCAUCUCGGCCGUCACUGCAAGAGCGCAACGAAAGUACCAUCGCUCUACUUGUAGAUUUUGCUGGAUUGGAGAUUCAUCUACUGAGCACUCCCUAUCUACUCCCAAUUUCAUCUGACUUAGAACUGGCCUUAGAUUUAAACAUGGACACUGCUCUUAUCUGUACUGCUAGACUGAAGUCUGUAUACUUUAACAUAGUACUUGAUUCCACCGAUGUAUUCAUUAACUGGUCUUUCCAUGAGUGCGUCAUUGAAGGCUCGGAAUCAGAGCCAGCUAGAGUCACCAUGCUGCAGUUCAUAACACCGGUUACAUCAGAGGUCUGCGCAAUAGGAUGCGUUCACCUUUAUAGCUGUGUAUCCUACGAUCCAAAUCUGCUUCUCCACGCCCAGAUAACUAGUGAUAUUUUAAUUACUAUCAAUGGGCGCUUGGUGCAAUAUCUGUUGCAUAGUGGAGGUCUUCUAGUAGAUUGCCUACUCCGGAUUAAGGAGUUACUGGGGGGUGAUCUCAAGGUUCAGUCAGCGGGGAAUACCACAGCCAAGAGUCCAUCCCGCAUUUCCUGUAACAUCUUCUCUCCCUCAUUCGAGAUAAGUAUCCCGGUUCAGGCUGACUAUCCCAGCCCGCAAUUCUCUUUACAUCUAAUCAACUUUGAAAUGUCCACAGACCAAGCACCAGGAUCCCCUACCAUUAGCCUAUAUGGAUGCCUUGAACAACUGCUCUUUGAGUUUGUGGACACAAUAGAGGGACAUGGAUGCGCUCACCGUACAAUUUGCGCAUACGACAGGUUAGAAAUUUUGAUCGAAAGAACGCAUAGAGUGUACCGUCAAGAAAGACGUGAUAUCUCUGACAGUCCGCAAGAGUGUAUCCUUUUAGCGCACCAGCUCAUUGCCAUUGGCCUACCAGAGGUCAUCUGCGUAUGUCUUACUCCACAAAUGCUUCACGCAGCAAUGGAGUUGAUUGGUGCAGAUAGAAAUCUAGGGUUUAGCAUUGUGGACGAUGCCGACGAAUCAAAGUUGCGAAGCAUCAAGCAGACUAUAGACGCCCGCGUAGAAGAUGGUCAAGCGCAAGAUGGUAUUAGUGGUUCAGUAGACACAAUAAGGAGCAUAAAUAGAUUGCUAGCACACGACUUCAAAGGGUUUUUAGGACAAGAUAUAAUGUCUACCCGUGCACAAUUAAAGCUUGAUGAUUCCUUUAUAGAUAUGAUUGAACAGGAAUAUAUUAAUGCUUCUAGUACAGUAGACGAGGAACAUGCACAGUUGGAUCACUUGAACCAAUUCUGUCCACCAGUAGUCAAUACCUUUAAAAUGUCAUUGUGCACCUUGCAUGUGAAGUUAUUGGACAGGACAGGGACCUUGAUUGAUUGUAAGCUAAACAAAAGCAAUAUAACACUGGAGCGGACAGCCGAUCUACAGGCGAGUGGAUUUAUAGAAUCGCUAACCCUGAAGGCCACAGAAUCUUUAUUUCCUCUCUUCAGCAUUACUCAAGUGACGUUCCAAUAUAAGCACGACUCCAUUCAUAGGCAAGCGACAUUGCUGCUAGCACAGAAAGCAAACCUCACGGUAGUUGUGGAUCACAUAGCUAUUAGCAUGGUCUUCUCUCUAUUGGAGUUGGUGCAUACGCCAUCAGCAGCAUACAUCUUGGCCCGUCAGGCAAAGCAAGAACUGGUUAGCUCCAUCAAUGAAAAGGUUUCCGUUCUUCAAGAAAGAACUACGUCACAGAUGAACAAAAGAAAUGUCUCUCACGCUCUACUCUCUGCUCUCCACGUCUCUCAAACGAAGAAAACCGUAACAACAGAUAAGCCUACAAUGGAGAUAAGACUUUCUCUGCUCACAGUCAAAUUUGUAAUUAUUGUGUCCGUAAACGGGCCAAAAGAAGGAAGCAAACUAGAAUCUCUUGAACAUGUAGCGCUUCAUGCAGAUAUAAGUAUUGUCACAAGCACAUCUUUCAGACAAAAGUACAUUAUCAGUGAAGCCGAGUGUCGAGUGCAGGAUUUCUUUAAGCACACCGAACUAUGUGUUGCCCUAAACUUAGAUAAGUGCAGAAUAACUUCAUGUCUGGCUGGGUGGGAGACCGGAGCUGAGAGCAUGCAGUUAAAUAACAUUAUAUUAGUGCCAAAACUGUCGUGCACCUUUACCGCAGUUUCUACAGAUAUGCAGGGGAGUUAUACGGAGGAUAACAGACAAAAGGAUAUUGUUUUGAACAAGCAGUCUUCCUCAAUGGAUGUGACAAUCGAAAAACAAGCCGAAAUAACUAUCUCAUCCAGGCUCCUCUGUGUGUAUCUCCUUGCCAAAGAACGACUUCUCGGGGCUAUUCCAAACAAAAUAAUUAAAGAAACCAAGCAGAUUGCAAAAGAAAAGUUAGAAAAAAUAAAAUCCAAAUCGAUUGAAUUUUUGAAAGGAGCCUCCGAUUUCCAGGCAGAAAAAGUGGGUAAUGCCUUGGUAGAUGCCUUUCCUACUGCCGUGCUCAAUGCUACUCCUAUUAUGGUCAGCGGUUUUCAUUUUCCUGUCUACACCAUAUCAAGCAAGACAAAGGUUGAACUAUCUUUCAAAAACCAUCCGUUGUUAGUAUCACUUACCUCUUCACAAAACAUGUGGCCUCUUUUUAUUGUUGGAUGCAAUGACAUUCGAUGCAUAUAUGAAAACGUGCCGGAAGCAGACCCCAAUGUGCCUCAUCAAACGCUAGCUCUGACAGCAUUGUUGUAUGCAAAGUCUUACAACGAAGCACUGAAGUCGUAUGACGCCCUGCUAUGCUCGACUCCGAUAGCGCUCAGCUAUAAACUGCAAUCAAGAUCACUUGCCUCAACUGUUGCUGCUAACGAAGCACCAGUGGACACGCUGUCUAUGCACAGCACAUACAAAACCAUAUCUGCAGAAAUCUCUAUCUCUUUUAGUGUCCAAUCCGAACUCCUUGUACUUCUCACCCCAACGGCACUGCUUGCUAUGAUGCAUUUCAUUGGCACUUUUUCUAUGCCAGCUUCUAAAUCACUGAAAGCGAAUAAUGCACAGAAAAAUACAAACCUAAUAUUAGAGCGUCAAUUUGGCGAAGAUGAAACAACAGACCAGUCUCUUAUCUCAUCUAUCUCUGCCGCCUCUCCUCAGUCAGCAGAGUCUGAAGGACAGCAAGUAAUAGAAUUCUAUCCUAGCGGUAUUGUCCAAGUGGUUAAAGUAUAUAGUGGCUCGUCAGAAUGCAGCGCCCACUCAGCGCUGGGAGGAGCCCUUGUUUUUUACGUAUCCUUAAGCAAAGUAGAAGACGCAAGCAUGUGGGUUGAAUUGCUAAGUGAAGGCGUAAUAAAAACAAUUCAGCUUCCUCUGUGCAUUCUUCUAUUUCACGAACAGUAUAAUAUUGACGAAAGUUGGGGAUUUGUGUUUAUCAACCAGAGCUCCAGGGUUGAGGUGCACUGUCUCUCCACCUGUAUUCUAUUGAAUUACACUACACGCGAUUAUUCUUUUAUAGCGGAAGCUCCCAUGAGUAGCUCAAUCAGAUCAACCGAUCAGCUGAACAGCUCCACGGAAACCAUGAGCACUAUGCUGUCGAGUAUGCCAAGUACUCACUCGACAACCGUGUGUACUAGCGUAGAGUGUAACGGCCAUGAUAGACCUCAGCUGUCAGGGACCCUGGGCAAGAGUUCAUACGUUUCUGUCCCCACAACAGUAGUAUCUCUUCAGAUUUCCUACAAGAACAACAGUCCCUUGGAACUGCUCUACUAUUUGCAUCACCCAGCAACAAAUCCACUGGAAACAUUCAUAACAGAGAAGGGAUAUGAAUACCUGAAGUUUGUGGUUUUCACAGUACAUCUAUUCGGCCGUCCUACGCAAGUUAUUCAAUUAGUUCCAACGCACUUCAUCACAAAUGGAAUGCCAUGUAUAGCAAACUUGAAGUUAAGCUAUAUGCGGGCAAGAGAUAGUAACUCCGAGCCGGAGACAGGAGAACAGACGGCUGCUCUUGCUCCAGUAGAAAUCUUUACGCUGAAUACAUCGCUUAAAGAUAAGAUUCAGUUAGCAUCACUUUCAGUUGAGUUGCAGUAUGGCGUUGAAUCUUAUAAGUAUAUCCUCAAAUCCACAUAUAGCCUAACCUACAAUGAAGACUCUAUGCCAGCACAACCCGUAGCUUUGGACCUAGUGCCGGCGCGUCAAGACAGCACAGAAGUGUACCACUGCAAUGUUAGCAUAAAGAAACAGACCAUGAAGAAGACCACCAGAGUAGACAUAUCGCUGCUCAAGGGGCUAUAUGCUCCCUCAGCUGUCGAAAUAAAUAUCUAUGCGACUGCCCUGUUACAAAACAAUACCGCACCGGAGCUUUCGUUUUGCAUUUUCCGCCUGGAUAGCAAGUACGAUAAAAGGACUCAGAUUACUAGCUUAGUGAAGUAUGAGGAGGCAUCUAUCAUAUGGGGCAAGUAUUCUGAUUCAAUAAAGCUGAGUGUAUCUGUGUUGCCAAUCAUGCAGAGCGGCAGUCCCAUUCAAUAUCACAAGUCAGACAGCUUUCGGCUGUCAACAGUUGCAGGAUAUCGCUUGCAUCGCAUGCACACUAAGACAGAAAGGAAGAAAGUGACACUAUUUGUAUGUUCGAUAAGCAAGCAGCUAAAGGGCUCACCAUCAAUGAUAUAUACAUUGCAGGCAGCAAUGAAGGUGAACAAUUGGAUGCCGAGGCCGAUCAAUGUGCUUAUAACUCCCUGGGAUCAUAAAGAUAAGACUGCACAAAAGGUAGUAUGUGCCAAUUCAAAUGCUAGUGUUUCAGUAUUUGAGUUGCCUGGCAUCAAAGAAAGAUUGGUAGACUAUGCUAUCAGGUUUCCAGAGGACCAAAAGGACCUUCUUAAACGGCUUAAAAUAGGAUACUCCAAGGAGCUACUUCAUAUAGAUUCUUCCUUGGCAGUUGUGGAGGUCCAUUGCACAGAAUACAAACUUGAUAUUACAGUUCGGCCCCCCACAACAAUUGACGAUGUUCAGCUAAAAGUAUAUAACUCCUUAAAUCUAGACUUAUAUUGCUCUUACAAGCAUAGCUCACAGCGCACGAAGUAUACCGUUGCAUCUAAGAGCACAGCGACACUCUACUUCCUACUUUCUGACUUAGACUUCUAUCAUCAAAAGUCAAACGGAGUCUUUUCUCAAAUAUUCUGCAUUAAGAUGGCACCACUUAGCACAGAUGUGGAGUUUUACGACCCACGGUCAAAGAAAAAAUGCCACGCAAAGCUGCUCAUUGGAGAGGGUGCUAUCCACUGUAAAAUCUUUUCAGAUAAUGAGACCUUACCAGAGCCAGCUAUAGGCCAUUAUGAUGUUAACCAGAGAGUGCUUAUUAAUGCAAAUCUAGAAACGAAAAAGAUAAGGGUUCUUUUGGUGGGGCCAGAUGAUAGUGAUUUUUCCCGCAGAAGAGAAUAUGUCUCUCUCAGUACAGCAUUUGUAGAUAUUGUUUGUUUGGUGAGCGCACAAUACUACUUAGUAAGUGCGCAGGUGGGGCAAGUGUCCCUUGAAAAUAUCUUAGGGUUGACCAAUCAGCCGAGAAUAUUGCACCUAAAGCCUGUUAAGCCCACUAAAGGACCAUAUCAAAAGAGGUCUGCGCAAAAGUUAUCGUUAAUAAAAAACCCGGAGACACCUGCUAUCAUGGCUAUGGCCUCUUUAUCUACGAACCUUUCUAUUUUAGACGUAGAUCGCUUCAAAAUCAAGAUGGGUAAGCUGAACAUCCACAUUGAUCAAUCGACCAUAGAUGUCAUCCUCCGGUUUCUUCGGAUAAAUGCGCUGCUUUCAAUAUCCUUUCAGAUUGAGUCUACGGAGUGCCAGUCACUACAAGCUGAAAUACAUUAUCUUCUAUCCCACAUGAGCAGAGAGGACAGCAGAUACUAUGCACUAUUGCGCAAGUUAUGCAAUUCUGUAUUUAAUGCUACAACCCAAGCAGAAGCAUGCGAAAAUAGCAAAACGGCUUCACGAGUGGUUUGUAUAAGGGAGUUAGAAAUAGCGGCAGUAAGAAUCAGCGCGACAAUAUCCAUUACUAAUUUUCCACUCCAGCUCAGUCCUGUAAUAUCCAUUCUCAACCAAGUCGGAAUAAUAUCGUUCAGCAUAGAAGAUGCGCGAAUACGCAUGGGCGCAUUCAGACUGAAAAAUCGUCUAUUAACAUUCCAAGAGCUGACGCGACAUCUUUGUAGAAGCUACAUUAAGGCCAUUAGCAUGAACGCAGGAAAUCUUCUUGUCGCGACUCCAAUACUGGGGAACUUAAGCUCCCUUGCAACUCAUUUCACUGAAAGCUUUGGCGCCCCUAAGAACGAGGGAGUCACUCGUAUUGAAAACUUUGUUAGUCACAACACGGCAGGCGUAAUGAGUGUGGCCCGUGCUCUCCUUGAAAGCACGGGAAAGCUGCUCGAUGCAGCGAGCAUGGAUGGCAAGUACUCUGCUCAACGGGCCAUCGUAUUAUAUGAAUCCCAAAAGAGUCUCAAAACGGCCUGGAAGAAUGCAGGAAAUGAGUUCUGGCGAGAAUUAAAGAGUGCCCUUGCUGGACUGAUCUCCAAACCACGCAAGGGUCUUGCUGCCAAGGGUGUAAAGGGCUUUUUCCGCGGUCUGGGUCAAGGGCUCGUUGGAUCCAUCACCAAAUCUCUUGGAAGCAUCAAUGAUGCUAUUCUGCAUGUUAUUGUAGGGAUAAAUGGCAGCGCCUUACGCAUCUGUAGGCCCGUGAUGGAUCAGGGUCGCUCUCGCACAUUUAUUGGUCCACUAGUAGAGCAGGAGAUUAGAAAUCAGAAGAUGUCGGAGGAAUCGGCAGUUUCCAGAGAAUCUACAGAGUCCGAUUCUGGCGACCAAGAGCCUAUAAAUACAUACACAGAGUAG